GAAAAUAUCGGACGAAAUCGUACCCUUCACGUUCGCUAGAAAUGUCCGCUGGCUUCACAUCCCGGCAGUAUAUACUACUACCAACGUGUAUUCGCCGAAGUGACAUUAGGCCUAAUUGAAUGUUAUUUAGCAACACUUUUCUGACACCGGAAGUUCUAAACUAGCACAAAGCCAAGAUGCCGCUGUUUUGUAGAUAUUAUUCCCAGAGGUAUCCCGAAGUGGAUGACGUGGUGAUGGUGACAGUCAGAAGUAUUGCAGAGAUGGGUGCAUAUGUCCAUCUUCUAGAAUAUAACAACAUUGAAGGCAUGAUCCUGUUGUCAGAACUCUCACGUCGACGUAUCCGAUCUAUGAAUAAAUUAAUUAGAGUUGGAAAGACCGAACCAGUCGUAGUAAUCAGAGUUGACAAAGAGAAAGGUUACAUUGAUCUGUCCAAAAGAAGAGUGUCAAAGGAAGAUGUUGAAAGAUGUACAGAAAAAUUUGCCAAGGCAAAGGCUGUCAAUUCUAUCAUUCGACACGUAGGGGAGCUUUUAGGUUAUACAUCAGAAGAUCAAGUGGAAGAACUUUAUCGCAAAACUGCCUGGCAUUUUGAAGAAAAAUACAAGAAACAGGCGUGUGCUUAUGAUGUUUUCAAACAAGCUGUUACUGACACAAGUAUUUUGGAAGAAUGUAAUCUGGAUGAGGAGACCAAGACAGUCCUUUUAACUCAAAUUCAACGCAAGUUGCAGUCACAGGCAGUUAAAAUCCGUGCAGACAUCGAAGUAUCGUGUUUUGAGUACGAGGGUAUUGAUGCUGUCAAGAGUGCAUUAUUUGAAGGAAUUUCACAGUCAACAGAGGAAAUCCCUAUCAGAAUAAACUUAAUUGCUCCUCCUCUCUAUGUUAUGACCACACAAACCACUGAGAAGCAGGAUGGCCUAAAGGCCUUGGAAAAUGCUAUACAGCAGGUUACUGGAAAGAUUACUGGUUUUGGUGGUACGUUAGUGGUCAAGAUGGCUCCUAAGAUUGUGACAGAUGUUGAAGAAGCAGAUCUGGCUCGACAGUUGGAGAAGGCCGAGGAAGAAAACAGAGAAGUUGCUGGUGACGAUGAUGAUGAGGAAGAGGAAGUUGGGAUGGGUGGAAUUGACGUUGAUUCAGAAGAAGACGAAGAAAAGAAGGACGAAGACGGUGAUAAGAGUGAGCCUGAGGAUUAAUUAGGGGAGUAUUUAUAUUAAGUGAUAUUGUAACUCGACAGAUUUUGCUUUAUUUAAAAUUGUUUAUAAUGGAGUUUUUACAUCUUUAGAGUCAUAAAGAGAAUGCCAUUACUUUUA